CCAGAAAUCCGACUUCGUUCCCAUUCCACUCUCUCCGGUGGUUCUGUUUCCUCCUUCGAUGAUCCAGCCAUAGCUGAUCUCCUCUCCUCGAAUUCCCCCAACUCCUCUGUAUUUUCUCGUGUUCGACGUCGUCGUGGUCAACGUCUUGUUCUACACUCACCCGAAACAGUCACCAAUUCCAUAAACGCAGACAAUGGCCAACUGAGUAGACGCGGUCGUUUAAAUCGUCUCUAUAGCAACGCUGUGCGAUGUGAGGUCGCUGAAGUGAGUAAAGAUAGUAUCUCCAACAAUGUCAAUGGUGCCGCUGAUGUUCGACUCACUGGUUAUCGACGUAUUGUGGAUGAUGUUUUUGAGUCUGAAGAGAUGGAAGAAAUGAAGACAAAUUUGUCGUCGGUGGAGCGCUCUAUGGAAAGGAAUGGUGGUGGGGAAAAACCUUUGAAUGGUCGGAAACAACAAGAAGAGGAGCAUGAAGAUGAGAGCCAAUCAGCGAGUUUUAAGAAUUCAACGAGGAAAUCUGCUUCCAUGACGUCCCUCCCCAAUUCAGACAGUUCCAAACUCGCACGUCGAAUUCGUUCCUACAACCAAAACUUCCCCCGCUCAUCACAAAAUUCUACCUCCUCUUCUCAUCGAAUUGAGCACUCCAUAUCAACACCGAAUCUUGUUCUCACAGCUCUAAGCUCUAGUCUUGCAGCUGCUGCUUCAGCUGACAAUCUGACAGUCGAAAAGUGUUCACGUUGUGGUCUCCCAGAUCUUUCCACGGUUACUGCAACUACGAUGUUAGUUGGAUCACGACGGGUGAACGGGACCACGUCUUCAAUGGUAUCGUCAUUAUCUCUACCCUCUUUGUCGUCACUAGAUCCGAAUUCUAUUGCCUCAGCUAUGGCAACUUCUUCUUUGUCUGAUUCUUCCGGACUUCAAGGUGGAAGACCGACUAUGAGAAGACUGAAACAGCAACGGCGUCGUAAGGCGAUCUUUGCGAAGAAAUCUAGCCCAAGCCUUGUGAAUUUCGGUUCUCUCUCUGAUCUCCUCACACGUUCCUGCCAGUGUGACAAAUCCACAGAAUCCUUCCCGAUUUCUCGAAAUCGUCAAACCACCCCCAGUGCCUCUAUGGAUUUCUCAGCUCUCUAUCACAGCACUCCCUCAACUCCCGUCACCGAUUUAGGCCGCACUCGUCGUGAACUCUCAGUUGCCUUAAACCCCUCCAUCCUCCCAUCCCUUUCUGAAGACUUCCGAGAUCCAGAUUUGGCCACAAGUAGCAAAAAACGCCUGCAUCCACGGCUAAAGGACUCGCGUGAACACAUCCACAGAUCAGGAGGGAAAAUUUCUCGUGAAACGAUGGGGGAGUUCCUGGUUGCUAUGGAAAACGAAGAAGAAGGGGAUGAAGUUGGUGCAGUGUUAGAUACUACUGAUGGGCAAUCUAGAAAUAUGAGCAAUUGGGUGAUUAGGAAUCCGGAGAAGGGUGUGGCACUUGUGCAGAAUCAAAUCACGCAACAAGGCAUCAUUGAUUGGAUCCUUUUGCAUCCUGAAGAUGGAGUUGAGUUAAUUCGUUUGUCAAAAGAAGCUCAUGAUUACCCUGAAACAGACCACGUUCAUGGAAUUCGGCUUCGAAAUUAUGAUGGUAGACCACGACGACUCUGGUCGUUUAGCCGUUCGUCUAAUGAUCAAACUGGCGUCUCGCCUACAGAGCGCCGUUCCUUAUCCCAAACCUUCAUUGCCAGUAACGCGGAAAGUGAAAAUUCCCUGUCCAAGUGGUCAGCCAGCUCUUCAGAGCGCUUGUCCAAAGUUCCUUCUACUAACACAAUGUCCACCUGCAACAAUAAUGCAGGAAGUGAUCGUCUUGUGAAUGCUUUUGCUCCUGGAACCAUGACUUUUGUGAUGCUUAAGGAGCAUCUUAAGCAGAAUGUUCUCCAGAAACCCACAUUCAAGGGACAUAUCUACUCUGAUUUCUCUCAACUACCUGUCCCAUUCCCUUACUUCUCUAAUCCCAAAGUGAAAUCGUCGGCUGUUCAUUUAGUCAUCUGUGUUCACGGACUUGAAGGGAAUUGUUUGGACUUGCGAUUAUUGACAAUGUACCUUCAAUUGGCCCUACCUGAUCACCCACUCGAGUUUCUGAUGUCAGAUAGUAACCACGAGGAUACUUUCAACUCUCUGGAACAGUUGCGCGAUAACUUGGUAAAAGAGAUUCUGCAGCACAUUCACUCCAUGGAGGAGAAACCUACUCACAUCAGGUCGAUGCUUCCCAUGAUGAAUCCUAGUUACAAUUCGUACUUUUCCCCCGCUCAGUGGGUAGUAGAGCAUUCAAUUUUCAUCCAGGAUGUGUAUUUGCAUAUCCCCGUGGUUAUUAAAUCCGAAUGGAUUGUAUUACUUCCUCUUGCCACCACCGUCACAUACUUCCUUUUUUUCAGUUUUAUCGGUCACAGUCUCGGCUGCGUUCUAAUCCGGGCCGCCUUGUCAAGUCCUCAAUUAUCCCACCUCUAUCCCCUUCUCCACACCUUUCUCUCCUUUUGUGGACCCCACUUAGGAACUCUCUAUAGCACCUCAGGUCUCGUAUCGGCUGGGAUGUGGGCCUUGCAGAAGUUGAAGAAAUCUCGCUCCCUUCUCCAAUUGCGCUUGCGGGAUCAUCCUGAUCUGCGGGAGACCUUCAUGUACACCCUAAGUUCUGCUGAGGGGUUGGAGUAUUUCCGGCAUGUCCUUCUGGUUAGCAGCCCACAAGAUCAUUAUGUACCGCAUCACUCGGGUAGAAUCGAACUCUGUAAAGCUGCUAUUCAAGAUCCCUCUGAAUUGGGAACCGUAUACAUGGAGAUGGUGGCUAACCUCCUACAACGUCUGAUCAAGAGUCCUCGAAUUCGAUCGGUUGUCCGCUACGACGUUCACUACGAACCUCAGGCGUCUGCUAACCACUUCAUUGGUCGCGCUGCCCAUAUCGCCGUUCUAGACUCUGACGUCUUUAUGGAGAAAUUCUUCUGCGUGUCCGCAGCCAAGUUCUUUCGAGUUGACGGGGAUGGUAAUAGCAAUUGCAAUGGGUACAACGGUGGUAGGGACCAAGUUUCAACCGAUAGCAGCAGCGUUAAAGUUGUCAACGAAGAGCGUUCUACCUCCACACCCUCUUCCAUCGUUUCGGACUUAUCUCUUCUAGCUAAUGGAAGUAAGUGGUCUUGUUCCAAUUGUUUCCAUUGA